GGAUAAGUUACAUUGGAUGCUUUUUGCAUCGACACCGGUAUUAAUCACCGGAAGUGGCAAGUGCUUCUAUUCCACAUCUUAGCAACGAUUCUCAGUUUCUACUUGUCAAAACACAGAUCGAACUCUGCUAACAUACAGUCAUGUCUGAGGUAGAAGAAACCAUCAAGAGGAUCCAGUCCCACAAAGGUGUCAGUGGAAUCAUCAUUGUCAAUGCUGAUGGUAUCCCUAUCCGAACUACCUUGGACAACUCCACAACAGUGCAGUACUCCGGACUGAUCCAUCAGCUGGCUGCUAAGGCCAAGAGCACAGUACGCGACCUGGAUCCACAAAAUGACCUUACAUUCUUGAGAAUCAGGUCAAAGAAACACGAGAUUAUGGUUGCCCCAGAUAACGAGUAUUUGCUAAUAGUGAUCCAGAAUCCGAAUGCUGUGUAACGAAGCCCUGGGAUAGCAUUUACACAUCUCGUAAUAUAAGGAAUACCUGCUUAUUGUGAUCCAAAGUCCAAAUGAAGUCUAGACGCUACAACAACAAUCAGUCUGCAUCCUCCAGCAUUGUUGCGCAACAAGAUCUACAGACAACAGCCAUACAGAAAUUACUUUAAUAUUUAAGACAAUUCAGAAAUAAGACAAUGUGCUCUCCCAAAAGUAAACUUCUAACUACAUUUACUGGAAAGACUUCAUCUAUGUUUUCUUCCAAAAAAAUAGUUGUUAUUUGAAUGAUAUAGUUAACUGCAGAGAAAAAAAGGAAUUUAAAAUUGUACUGAAAUGUAAUGUUAUGACUGCAUUUUCAUUAUGUAUGUUUUUUCUUUUCAUAAGUUCAUGUGAUAUUAAUGUAAUUUAUCUUUCAUUUCAUUAAAAAUAAUGAAACAUCA